AUGCCCAAGGUCACCAUUGAGAAGAGCCACUCGUCGCCUCACGACCCUCUUGCGGCGCCAUCCGUCGCCUCGAGUAGCAGCGGCUAUACGCCUAGUCCACAGACCUUGAAGCGCAACCAGGCCUGCCAUCAAUGUCGAAAGCGCAAGUUGAAAUGUGAUGCAAAGCGGCCUUGCUCGACCUGUCUCCGUUCCCUCGCCCACGCCAAAGCACAUCCACAGCCUGGCGUCUUUCUCCCCGAGACGCCUGACUGCACGUACGACGAUCCUGCGCCUCCCCCUCCCCCAGAGCCGUCAAAGCCACGUUAUGAGAAGCUGGACACCAGGCUACCCAUGAGCGACCUUGAGUCCAUGCUGGUCACACAGACAAGUCCACCCGAUUACGGUCACGACUAUGGUACCAAUGGCAUGAUCUUGGAUGGCACGCCGUUCCAUUCAUCGCACGCGUCCCCGUCUGUGGAAAGCUUCCUCAUGAACGGCGGUGCUAGCGCCGGACUCCCGUCAGCCAUCAGCUCAAUAUCCAGUCCAUCACUCAGUGACCGGAGCCUGACCUACCACUCCUGGCCGCGCAGUUUACCGUCGCCUGGAUUGAUGCGCCACCUCAUCGAGUGCUUCUUCGCACAUCAUCCACACGCUACACGACUCUUCCACCAGCCAUCGUUCAUGACGUCCCUCACAUACCCGCCUUCACAUCCGAGCUUCCCGACCACUGCCGUCCUGCACGCGAUCUGUGGUAUCGGUAGCAUGUACACGGCUGCUGUGGCCCAAGCCGACUCGCCUGGUCUGAGCAGCGUGUCUGGCGAGGACAUGUAUAAGAACGGCAGCUAUUCGGCAAACUUCACGGAAACACACAUCAAGAUCGCCAAGCGAGAAGUCGAGGAGAACGUUGCAAUGGGCCAGCAUCUCCUUCAAUCGCAACAGGCGCAGAUUCUCGUGGCUUGGUGGUACUGGUGUAACGCCAAAUGGGUUGAAGUAUACAUGAUCGUGGCUUCCAUUAUGCGCGCAUGUCUUCCUUUGGGCCUACACGUCUCCAGGCUAUUCAAACCCAUUGCGGACGGCCUUGAGACACCGACGCUUCUGCCGCCACCUGAUAACGACAUUGAGGCGGAGCUUCGUCGCAACAUCUUCUGGUUGGCGUAUGCCCUUGAGCGUCUGAAUGGAUGCGGCAAUGGAUGGCCUUUGUCUAUUGACGACCUCGACGUGUCGCAAUUACUGCCCGUCAACCAGAUGAGCUUCUCCCUCGGUGUCUCGUGGCCGGCUGCGAACGAGCGCGAACACCCGCAUACGAAGGACCUACUCCUGAACCACAACCCCGACCAGGUUGAUGGUUUCAGCCUCUUCAUUAAGUCGACAAUCCUGCUGUCACGCGCGAAGAACUUCAACAUCCGCUACGCUGCCCGCAAGUAUAACGGCGAUGUCUCAUGCUCGUACACCCCCAGCUACAAGCUACUCUGGGAGGGUACGCUGACCGACAACGACUCGACACCUGGCAAUUUCGACCCUCGGCGGACGGCUGCCUUCCUUGACAUUCAGCGCAAUCUCGAGGAGUUCCGCUCGAGCUUCCCACUGCACCUUCGCAAUCCGAUGGCGAACGGCACGAUUGAUUCGCACCUCUACGUCGCGUGCCUUGUCCCACAUGUUGCCCUCAUCAUCUUGCACGAUCCUCAUGCAUAUGUCGAGCGCACGACCUGUCAAUCAGCGGCAAACUUGUUGCGUGCAUCGCGUGCCAUACUCGAGCUGCUGUGCGAGGCAGAGUCUACGAGCUUCGACCUUGGCCUGCUCGACUACUUCUGCUCGUACGCUUGGUACAUUGCUGGUCGCUCGCUCACACGCUUCUGGCAAGCGGCGAUCAUUGCACAGGCGCACGAACAAGUGCGCGCGUUCGGUGCUGAUGUUGAAUACAUCACGAAUGCGCUGUAUAAGGCUGGCGAGCGUGUGCCGCUCGCGAUGCGCUACGGGAUCAUGCUUGCCGAUCACGCGAGCAAGAUGUGCGGCGUCACAAUCCAGCCCACGCAGUCGACGAACUUUGCAUGCGCGGCUGGCUUGCGGCCCUGCCCGCCUGGCCCCAUCGAGGUCGUCGAGCACAUUAACAUCGGCCCUCAGCUUGGUCCUCAGGUCACCACCAUCAUUGAGGUUGCGUGA